GAUACUUGUUUGAAAAAAAUCCAUUGAAUGUUGGAUUGCAGUGUUGUAGGAAUAAUAAUAACUGCAGUGUUGUAGGAAUAAUAACAACUCACUCUAAAAAACACUAAUAAACUUAAUUUCUAUUAUUCUCCUUUCCUGUUUUACUAUGAUUAUUACUUAGGGUUUUUUUUGUUGUUGUUCUUUAAAGGAAAUUAUAGAGUACAUUUCCAUGGAAAGAUGGAAUGAAACUUCAAAUGAUUUUACUUUAUUGGGGUUGUUUCCUCAAAACCAAACUGGCCUACUUCUCUUGCUCCUGAUCAUCUUUGUGUUUGUUCUCGCCUGUUUGGGGAACUCAGGGAUGACUGCCCUCAUCUUCUUGGACCCGCGGCUCCACACUCCCAUGUACUUUCUCCUCAGCCAGCUCUCCCUCAUGGACCUGAUGUAUAUUUCCUCCACGGUCCCCAAGAUGGCCAUCAACUUCCUCUCUGGCCAGAAGAGCAUCUCCUUCCUGGGCUGUGGUGUGCAAAGCUUCUUCUUCCUGACCAUGGCUGGAUCAGAAGGUUUAAUCCUGGCCUCCAUGGCCUAUGACCGUUUUGUGGCCAUCUGCCACCCCCUCCACUACCCCAUUCGCAUGAGUAAAAGGAUGUGUUUGAAGAUGAUCCUGGGGUCCUGGACACUGGGCUCCAUCAACUCUGUUUCACACACUUUUUACAUCCUUCUUCCUUACUGCAGGUCUAGGGCCAUCAACCACUUUUUCUGUGAUGUCCCAGCCAUGGUUCAUCUGGCCUGUAUGGACACCUGGGUCUAUGAGUACAUGGUGUUUGUGAGCACAGUUGUGUUUCUCCUCCUUCCUUUCCUUGGUAUUACUGUUUCUUAUGGAUGGGUCCUUUAUGCUGUCUUCCACAUGCACUCAAAAGAGGGGAGAAAAAAGGCCUUCACCACGUGCUCCACACAUUUAACCGUGGUGACAUUUUACUAUGCUCCUUUUGUCUACACUUAUCUCCGUCCCAAGACUCUCCGCUCCCCAGCAGAGGAUAAGAUCCUUGCAGUCUUCUACAUCAUCCUCACCCCCAUGCUCAAUCCCAUCAUCUACAGCCUGAGGAACAAGGAGGUGCUGGGGGCCAUGGGAAGAGUGUGUGGGAUGUUCUCCCCCAGGAAGGAGUGAGCAUGGCUGUCCCUACUCCUCUGUAUGGCUUCUCUCCAUGCAGACUGGAACAUGCUGGAUCAUAGCUGACCAAUAGGUAUAUAGUGAGAUCUGUGUAUGUAAUUAGAGCUUUCUAGUGACACAUAUG